AUGGAAGGUAUCGAAAACCACUAUCCUGAUAAUAGAGCAUAUCAACAAAUCAUAUCAACAAAGAAAGGCAUACUCCCACUUCAAGAAACUUCAACAAAUACCAUCAGCAGCAACAGUAUGUUGCGAAAUAACAAGUCACUCACAUCUCCAGUUAAACCAACCACUGAUCAACUUAAUUGGAAGAAAAGGGGUGCUACUUCACCAAUGCCUGCAUUAACCUGGCACAAUUCGAGGCGAAAGUUGACAAAGACAUCUUCAAUCAAAGCUGACGAAGAAAAUAUACCUCCAAUCAAGCAACUUCGUGAUAAUCUCAAUCUAGAGAAGCCUAUAGAUAAUGACAAAACCUCACAUGGGAUCCAAAGUACACAUCCCGUGCAGCAGAUAAAAACUACAGAUGAUAAUACUGCUUUCGCAGUCUGGCCACCAAAAUCACUCAUUGAAGUUGAAUUACAUCGAAAAUUAUACUUGGCAGAACACAGAGCUAAACAUUAUGAAGAGCUUUCCGAGUUUUUAGUUUUGGAAAGGCGAUUUCAAAUAGAAGCAGGUGAACUAAGUCAAUCACUUGCGCCCCACAAUUAA